AGAAGCUAUUUUAAUUACGUGACCUUGCAUCUAAACUCGAAGAUGCUCUCCUGUUCUCCAUGUAUCUACCUCCUACCGUCCAAUUCGCUUCUAUUUCAACACAUCAGGUGGGUGUUUUUACUUGAUUAUUUUUUUUACUUUAGUUAUUGCGUAUGAGACGAGUAUGGAGUCGUCGACAGGUUCCUUGUCGCAUAUACACAUACAUCAUUCAAGGUUUACUACAGUAAGUCAGGUUACCCUCCAAUCUACCUGCGGACCUUGAGACAAACUAAAUUUAUUACACGAUUCUUCUUUAUCACAUAGAUGUAUCCUGUGAAGAAUCUCAACUUCCCGCCAUUUUCACUGAUGCGUGCUGUUUACUGAUAUUUUAUAUUCACCGGCUUUGUCGGUCUUUAAUCUUUAAAAUUAUUCUAAGUUUCUGAAGUCAUUUGACCCCAGUCGAGUGGUUUUGUUGAAUCUUGUUGACUAAAAUGUUUUUAACAAAAAUACUUCUAAAUUUAUAACCACUUAACAUCAUCUGCCUCAAAUAUGCUCAUUAUAUCGUUUAACAUUAAUUGUUAUAAUCCAGAUAAAUUUAGAUCCUGUAGUGAUUCCCUACUUCCAUAGUAAUAAUUUCAGUUCUACAAGUGUAUGAGGGGUAGCUCUUUUAGUUUACUUGACUUGUUACCUUUUUAUGAUAACUUGUGUAAUCUAUUUUUUUACUAUUUCUAUUUCCUUAAAAUGUUGAUUAAAUAAUACACAAAAUCUUGCUUUUUCUGCUUACACCAAUCAAGUUAUCCAAAGGACCGUUAGUUUUUUGCUUUCUUCUAAAAGUAGGAGCUGCUAUAUACAGUUUGAAACUAUUUAUAUAUAUUUAAUUGUUAUAUAAAAGCAGUAUAAUAAUUAUUAACAAAAUAUACAAAGAAAACAGAAUCCUCCAUUUUUGAAUUUGAAUAUUUAGGGAAAUAUUUAGUUAUAUUUCAUUUUUCAUAUUGGUCUAUCAGCGCUACCAACUACUUUGAUAUGUAAAUAAAAAUGUGAGGUUAAGCCGUCAAGUAAAAAAUAUUUUCACCUUAUAAAAAUCAUAGACCAUGAAAUCUAAAAAAGAAAAGAACAAAAUAGGCAAAUUGAUUGAAAAAUCUGAUUCCGAUAAUGAAGAAAACAUCCACGAAUUGUCUUAUUAUGUGAACGAUCGGGUGAAGUUGAUGAAAGAGGUUUUAAAGAUAAUAAAGCCUAAGAAAAUCAAGAGUAUGGCCCCGGAAUGCAUACGAGAUUUAGAUAUAGAAGAGCUUAAUUCAAUGCUUCUUGAAGAGCUAUUAGGAAUCUCUAACAAAAGACUAAAAUACAUUUUUAAUGGUCAAAAUCUUGAUGAGGAUAGUAGUUCUACAGAUCCUGAGGAAGAAAAACAACCAAUAGAUAUAAUCUCACUUGAUGAUGUGAGUGAUGAUGAUUUUGUAAUUGAAGUGGAUUCAGAUAAGGCUAAAAGAAAAAAACAUGCAAAAGUCAAAGAAGAAUCUAAAGGUAAAAAAAUUAAGAAGGAAAAACAUGAGAAGAAAACUAAUAAACUCAAAGAAGCACCUUUACAAGAAGAAAACUUAAUGAGUGUUUUAGAACUUCUUGAAUUACAGGCGAGGGCAAGGGCAAUCAGGUCUCAGCUUAUGUUAGAAGCAAGUAGGAAAAAUUCACAACAAGCAGGAGUUGAAGUUGAGGAGCACAAAGAUUCAGAUAAUGAUGAUGUCAUAAUAGAAAUUCCUAAAAAUGAAGAAAUUAUCAUAACUUCUAGUGAUUCUGAGACAGAGGAACAAAAAGGUGACAACUCUAAAACAUAUGAAAAUUUAAAUUCAGAAAAAAAUCCAACAGAAUCUGAAACCAAGAAAAAGAAAAUUAAAUUAAUUAGAGAUAGAUGUGACAAACAGAAAUCGCCGGAACCAUCACAAGAUAAGGUAGAACAAGUAGAAAGUAGUGAACCAAAAGAAGCAAAUAAUGUGGAAGAUACUAAUCAAAGUAGCAAUUUACAAGAUGAUAAAGUUGAGGAAAAUGAUAAAAGCAAAGAAAUAAAAGAUGGGGAUAAAAAUGAUUCACAACAUCUAGAUUGUACAAAUGACGAUGAUGAGAUAAUCCUAAUUGUAGAUGAGGAAGAAAUGGAUGGAAUAAUAAACGACUAGUUACAAAAA